GUGCUGGUCGGGUUCCACGUCCGUCGAACUGACUACGCAAGCCACGCCAGUUGGGCCUUCGGAAGCAAACUGCCCGGGACCACGUACUUCACGCGGGCCCUCAACUACUACAGGAAGAAGUUCUCCAAUAAGGUGGCCUUCGUGGCGGCUUCGGACGACAUGGCCUUCGUCAGGAGGAGCCUCGUAUGCACUCGGAUGUGUAUUUCUCCUCAGGUAAAUCAGCUUUCGAGGACAUGGCGCUGCUGUCGUCGUGCAACCACAGCAUCGUCACCAUGGGCAGCUACGGCUUCUGGACGGGCUAUCUGGCGGGCGGCGAGGUCGUCUACCCGGACGUGUGGACGCGACGGCGAUACAGAUUUGCUAGAGAAAUGUACGAGAUAACUGGAAUCGGCAACUUCACGCCCAUAUUUCCCGAUUAGCGAAUCUAACCUGGACGCAAAGAUUCCCCAGUGCAGUCGUUUAUCAACCUUUUUACAUCUUUCGGCCCUGGAAUGGUUGAAGCCUGUGUGUGUGUUGAGGGUGCAUGCAUUAUAUUUAUGUGUGUGUGUGUCGUGUGUGUGUGUGUGUG